AUGAAGUGUCUGUGGGACGUCCCGACACAGCGGCCCAUGUGUGUUCCUCUGUUUACACAGCAGGCCUCAGCUCUCACACCCACGCGUCACUCUGAGGACCAGGCGGGGGCCGAGGGAGGGGGAAGGGCAGAGGGAGGGGCCGGGGGAGGGGCAGAGGGAGGGGCCGGGGGAGGGGCAGAGGGAGGGGCCGGGGUUCAGCUGCAGCCCCCACUCUCUGUGAGCCACAGCCACAGACCAGAAGGCCCAGUCUAUGACCGCUGUGAGGCCCAGUCUAUGACCGCUGUGAGGCCCAGUCUAUGA